UGUUCUUUUCUUCCAGCUGGUGCUAGCGCUAGUGAACAAUCGACUUUCUUCAAGCCUCUCACAUGCAACCAGGAGCCCUCUCACCGGCAUACGUGUGGUGCGGAAGCGGAAAAAUUCUAUCCGAAGCAGUGCCUACAGAAAAAAUGCUGCUACCUUAAUAAUACCUGCUACCACCAUAUCAUCGAUGGUACUGCUCAACGGCGCAAUGCGGGGAUCCUCGGCGGAACCUGCGUCAUGGUGGUUGUCUUGGGCGCGUGUCUCUUUUACGGUUGUAAAUUUAGAGAGUUCCAAAAGAAAGAAAAGCUUUCCGAGGGACAGGAGAGUGAAGGCAUAGAAGAUUACCGGGUCAAGCUCUUGGAUGACGAGAGUGUGGCCGAAUCGGAGGUCCAGGAGGGAACCGUGUCAACACAGGGGGAAGACGCCUGGCCGCAAAGAAGACUCUCGAAACAGGUGGGAUGGAGCCCGGAGCCCCUAGAGCUAGAGGAAAUCCGGUUGCAACGGGACUGGAGCCCCGAACCGAGCCCUGACGUGAGCCAGGAACCGAGCCCCGAACCGCCGCCACUAAGCCCCGAACCUCCGCCACCAGCUAUGGAGGAUCUGCCGCCACCUCAGGAGCCACCCCCACCAGAACCAUAAGAAGGAACCUUGGUAGCUGAGCAGGGGCCGGCUCUGAUUGGACAAUAGGCGGCAGAUUAACAACCCAAUGUUGCAAUCCCAACGGACCUUUUCCUUUUCCAAUAAAAGAGUUUAGUUUUGUG